CUCUCACUGGGAAAAAGUACCAUUUCUAGUACUCUGUAGUACCUACUACUCAUAGCGGCAAAAGCAGGUAACAUUUCAGGCACUUUAGCAAGUAUUUGAUAACGAGGAAAAUGUGUGUCUAGUGUAAGAGGAAAUGAAGAGCUUCUGUUUUAGUGUCUGUCCAAACAAUGCUGGGAUGACUCAACUCUACUUCCGGCCUGCCUUCCAACCAGCUCGUUGCUGUGGUUUGGCGCCACCGUGUGGCAGAAGCACGAGAACCUGGUCAACAACUUUCUCAUUUAUUAAGACAAUUUGAUUGUCAAACCCAAGUUGUAGCCCAACUUGACACGACACGGUUUUUUUUUCUGUCACACUGCCGACUCCUCUGGUUCAUGCGGAGUGACUGAAUCUGGACGUGUGGAUUUUAAACGGUCCGACUUUCCAGCGGAUACAUAAACGUCACACGGGGCGGUGUUGAGUUCAUGGCCCUCCUCUUUCCCGGUCCCUCCACCUCACCACGAGGCUCCAGUGUUGACAGGCAGGCCGCCUCCAUGCACGCAUCGCUGGGGCUGGCUAAACUAAGCUCACCCCCACCUUCCGACGCCCACCGGUAGAGGUGGCAAUUAGAUCCUCAUCCGUCCCGGCUUGGAAGCGUCUCACAUCGGCGGCUCGCGAAAUCUGUUUGGGAAUUGUGCGCGGAGUCCUCAGUUAGCACGGAGCUAACCGGACCGGAGUGACCCGCCUUCCCUUCGUUUGUCAACAAGGGGUUUGGCAAACCCGCGGAAGCCAACCCCCCCCCCCACACGGGUUCCUUAAAAGGAUGAUUUGGCGAACAACCGAACUGUGGCUGACAUUUUCGCUUCCCAGUCGCGUGGCGCUGCGUUGACUUUUCGUCGACGUUCGAGCCGAGCUAUCAUGGCGGAGCGCGCGGCCAAGCGGCUCUGCUGCAGGCCGGGCUACGGCUCGACGUGUCGGCCAGACCAGCAAGCCGGGGUCGGGGCUUCGUCGGCGGGCAUCAUGCAGAGCCCGGAGUCGCUGCUGGACGUAGCGGCGAGGCGGGUGGCAGAAAAGUGGCCUUUCCAGCGGGUGGAGGAGCGUUUCGAGCGGAUUCCGGAGCCCGUACAACGCCGGAUAGUGUACUGGUCCUUCCCGAGGAGCGAGCGAGAGAUCUGCAUGUAUUCGUCGUUCGGAAGCGGGGCGGGGGAUCUCGGCGGACCGGAGAGCGGCGACGAACCUCGGCUGCCCUUCCGCCGCGGCGUCGCCUUCCUGGAUGGCGGCUGCGUGGACCACGUCUUGCAAGUGGGCUUCCACCUGAGCGGCACGGUGCGCGAGCCGGCCACGCCCUCGGAGCCGGAGCUGCUGCGCAAGGUGAGCGUGAGCUUCGACCGCUGCAAGAUCACGGCGGUGACGUGCGGCUGCGGCAACAAGGACAUCAGCUACUGCGCCCACGUGGUGGCGCUGGCGCUGUACCGCCUGCGCAGCCCCGAACGGGUGGAGCUGCGGCUGCCCAUCUCGGAGACGCUGCUCCAGAUGAACCGCGACCAGCUGCAGAAGCUGGUGCAGUACUUGAUUACGGUGCACCACACCGAGGUGCUGCCCACCGCGCAGAAGUUGGCCGACGACAUCCUGUCGCAGAACUCUGAGAUCAACCAGGUGCACGGUGCCCCCGACCCGACGGCCGGGGCCAGCGUGGAUGACGACAACUGCUGGCAUCUGGACGAGGCACAAGUCCAGGAGCAGGUCAAGCACCUCCUGUCCCAGGGCGGCCACCACGGCCCCGGCAAGCAGCUCAACCUCCUUUUCAGCAAGAUGCGAGAGAUGCUGAAGAUGCGCGACUCCAACGGCGCCCGCAUGCUGACGCUGAUCACCGAGCAGUUCAUGGGGGACCCCCGGCUGGCGCUGUGGCGUCAACAAAGGCCCACCAUGACGAGCACCAUGACCGACAAGUACAGGCAGCUCUGGAAUGAACUCGGGGCGCUGUGGAUGUGCGUCGUCCUCAACCCUCACUGUAAGGCCGAGCAGAAGUCGAGGUGGCUGAAGCAGCUCCGCCGCUGGAACGGCGUGGACGUGUGCCCCCUGGAGGACGGAAACCAGGGCGGCGGCCAGCUCGGCAACCUCAGCCGCGACUCGCCUCGGCGCACAGUGUUCACGCGGGCCAUGGAGGCCUGCGACCUCCACUGGCAGGACCCCCACUUGCAGCACAUCCUCACCGAGGACCACGACGCCGAGCGCUGUUGCCUCGACCACCCGGACCUCUUUGACGGCCGGGGGCGGCCCCUGUGGCGCGAGCACGUCCCCACGGCGUGCGCCCGCGUGGACGCCCUUCGUGCUCACGGGUACCCCAAGGAGGCGCUGCGGCUGGCCGUGGCCGUCGUCAACACACUGCGAAAGGAGCAGCACAAGGAGCUCCAGCAAUUCCGCAGUCUCAAGAAAGAGGAGCUCCACAAGGGCAUGACGUCCAUCACCAACCUCGAGGGCUGGGUGGGCCACCCCCUGGACCCCGUGGGCACCCUCUUCAGCACCCUCACCGAGACGGAGACGGACGCGGUCCCGGACGAGGGCGAGACGCCGGCGGCGCUGGCGGUGGAGGUGGCGCUGCUCGGCCUGGGGCAGCAGCGGGCCAUGCCCGACGGGCUCUACGCGCAGGAGAAGGUGUUUCGCAACGAGGAGCAGCUGCUGGCCAAACUGCAGCAGCUGGAGCUGGACGACGCGCUGCUGAACGUCUUCCGCAAGCAAGCCGCCAUCUUGCUGGAGGCCGGUCCUUACAGCGGUCUGGGCGAGUUGCUGUACCGAGAGAGCGUCCCCAUGCACGCCUUCGCCAAGUAUCUCUUCAGCUCGCUGCUACCUCAUGAUGCCGAGCUGGCCUACAAGAUUGCACUGAGGGCCAUCAGGCUGCCGGUCCUGGAGUCGAGCGUGGCGUCCGGCGACCUGUCCCGCUCGCAUCACAUGGCGUCUGUCGCGGCCAAUCGCUACCCUCGCUGGUUCACGCUCAGCCACAUUGAAUCUCAGCAGUGCGAACUGGCGUCCGCCAUGCUCACCGCUGCCAAAGGUGACGCGUACAAGCUGCAAACGGUAUUGGAGUCCAUCCAGAAGAAUAUUCACUCCUCGUCACACAUCUUCAAACUGGCCCAGGACGUCUUCAAGAUCGCCACCACGAUGGGCGACCUGCCCGACCUGACGCUGCUCAAGGUGUCUCUGGAGCUGGGCCUCCAGGUGAUGAGGAUGACCUUGUCCACCGUCGACCGGCAGAGACGAAAGAUGGUGUGCUGGCUCGUCACGUGCGCCACUGAAGUCGGUGUGCUUGCGCUGGACAGCAUCAUGCAAAGCUGGUUCACCCUCUUCACGCCCACAGAGGCCACCAGCGUGGUAGCGAGCAGCGUCCUGUCCAACGGCGCCGUCGCGCGCCUCCACGUGGACUCUCGGCAGCAGGAGAACUUGGCCAACUCGGCGCGCGCCCUGGCCCUGCAGUGCGCGGCCAAGGACCCGCAGAACUGCGCCCUGUCGGCCCUGACGCUGUGCGAGAAGGACCGCGCCGCCUUCGAGAUGGCCUACCAGAUCGUGCUGGACGCCGCCUCCGCGGACAUGAGCUACAUGAAGCUGUUCACCAUUGCACACUACAUGGAGGAACGGGGCUACCCCAUGAAAGCGUACAAGUUGGCCACGUUGGCCAUGACGCACCUGAACCUCAGCUACAACCAGGACUUGCACCCGGCCAUCGGCGACGUCCUGUGGGCGUGCGCCCUGAGCCACUCGCUGGGUAAAAACGAGUUGGCGGCCGUCAUCCCGGUGGUGGUGAAGAGCGUCAAGUGCGCCACGGUGCUGUCGGACAUCCUGCGGCGGUGCGCGCUGACCACGCCCACCAUGCUGGCGCCGCACGGUCGCAGGAACGCGGCCAAGCUGAUGUCGCUGGACAAGGCGCCGCUGCGGAUUCUGCUGGACGCCGCCAUCGCCGCCUACAUCGACACCGCGCAUUCGCGCCUGACGCACAUCAGCCCGCGACACUACGGCGAGUUCAUCGACUUCCUCAGUAAGGCGCGCGAGACCUUCCUCAUGGCGCAUCACAGCCACGUGCAGUUCACGCAGUUCAUCGAGAACCUCAAACAAAUCUACAAGGGCAAAAAGAAACUGAUGCUGCUGGUGCGAGAGCACUUUGGCUGACAGAUGAAGAGCAAAAGGAAUUGGAGGGGCGGGGGGGUGACCAAAACGCCACUUUUACUUGAGUUUUAUCCGACAACUUGAAGUGAACCUAAAGUCUUAUCGAGUGUUUGAAACAUUUCACGUGAACGGGCCAAGAUGCAAAUGACCAAAGAUGGCAGUGAACCCCUUUUGAUUGCGACCCACCCUUGCAAAAGAGGAAUGGUGACUGUGUAUCUCGAGACCAUCGCUUAAGAACCUGUGCCAUCAGGCGGGCACCCAACAAUGAGGUGCGGUCAAUCUGGGUUCACUGUUACUGGCUGUGCCUGUGAAAAUUUGUGUGUUGCUUUUUU